AUGCACUGCGAAGGAUGCGCUAGAAAGGUCCGCCGGUGCCUCACAGGCUUUCAAGGUGUUGAGGAAGUGGUAGCGGAUUGCAGGGGGAGUAGAGUGGUGCCAACCCUAAUUACUGUGGUGUUGGGAGUUUACAUGCAUUGUGAUGCCUGUGCUCAAGAAAUCAAAAGGCGCAUCCACAGAAUGAAAGAGGAACCGAAACCUGACGAGACCCAAGAAGCCAAAGAGGCGAAAGAAACCAAAGAGGAGAACAAAGCCGAGAAGGAAUCCGGCGAAAAGGAACAAAAGAAAGAGGAACAAGUUUCCAAAGAAAACAAUGAAGGCGCCGGAGAUGAUGGCACCGCCACCACCGCCACCACCACCGCCGCCGGAGGUGGUGACGGUGGCGGCGAUCCGCCAGCUAAGGAAGAGGCUGAUGAGGCUGAGGACCAAAAGAUGGAGUUGAUAAAAAAGGAGUUUUACUAUUACUACCCACAGAAUCACCAGUUGAAUUACCCGAUUUACCCUCCGAGGUUUGUGCACGAAAUGAACGCUUAUCCUCCACAGAUUUUUAGUGACGAGAACCCAAAUGCAUGUUAUGUUAUGUGA